AUGCCGCCGGAACCAACGCCCCUUUGCCCUAAUAAUAUUACUAUUACAAACGGCAAAAGCAGCCCCAAAAAUGUCACCCAUUUGUCCCCAAUGAAUGGAGGAAAUGACAUUAACAGCUACUAUGAAAACUCGUACUUUCAGAGGGUAGCUGCAAAGUUUGAAUGCCAAAAGAUCAACGAUGAAAUCAUGGAAAAGUUCAACAUUGAUCAAAGCACUAUUCUUUCCCUUUCGAAAACGAUUAUUCGAAUAGCAGAUUUGGGAUGUGCAACAGGACCAAACACUUUCUUGAGCGUGCAAAACAUUAUAGAAGCCACCAAACAAAAGUACAAAACCCUAAUAAAUAUUCCAAACUCUGCAACAACUAAUAAUAAUACUAUUACCAGCAAGUUUGAGUUUCAAGUGUUCUUCAACGACCUAGUCAAGAACGAUUUCAACACCCUAUUCUCAUCUCUCCCAAAAGACAAAGACUACUUCGCCGCAGCGGUGGCCGGCUCCUUUCGCGGCCAGCUAUUCCCGGAGUCGUCUCUCCAUUUCGCUUACACGUCUCACUCUCUGCAUUGGCUCUCCAAGUUGCCGGCGGAGCUGGGAGAUGAGGCCUCACCGGCGUGGAACAAGGGGAGGGUUCACUACACCGGAGCUCCGGCCGGAGUGGUUGAAGCUUACAAAGCCCAGUUUGGUAAGGAAAUGGACAUGUUCUUGGAGGCUAGGGGAAAAGAGCUUGUUGGUGGAGGCAUGUUGUUCAUGAUUUUUAGUGGUGCUCCUAAGGAAAUGCCGGUCUCUUCCACUGCAACUGCAAAUGCUGCCAUGUUUGACUUCAUGGCGUCUAUUCUCAUGGAUAUGGUUCAAGAGGGAAUGAUUAAAGAAUCUCAAGUGGACUCUUUCAACUUGCCCUUAUACAACUCUGCGAGUCCGGAGGAGAUAAAGGGUUUGGUGGAGAGAAAUGGCUGUUUCAGCAUAGAAAGGUUGGAGCUUUCGAAGCCAUCUUCGUGGCUGAAACAUCCAGUAGACAUUCCAGCGUGGAUGAAGCACGUGCGAGCUGCAAUGGAGGGCAACUUCAUUCAACACUUUGGGAGCAAAGUGGUUGUUGAUCAACUCUUCACACGCUUGACCAAAACCCAUUUGGACCACUCUCAGAUGCUUCAAUAUUGGUGCAACCAGAAAGUUCAGUUGUUUGUCGUUUUGAAGAGGAUUAAUAAGAAGACCACAUCCACAUGA